CUGUGAUCUUGCUGUAUGACUCACCCUGAUGCCUUGAGCACUUUUUGUCUGUAAUUUUAAACUCAGGACCUCGACCGAAUAUAAGCGCUCGACCAUCACCCAACUCCACCCGAUCUCCGGAAACGUCAUUUACUAGCGUGCACUGCAUCUCCAUUCACAGAAAACUAAGCCCAGGCCAUUGCAAAAACUCAUCAUGGCGCGUGAAAAUGACUACUGCUCCAUCAUGACUGGUCUAAGUGAGCUUGACCUUCAAGGAAAAGCGGUCCCUAGUGAUCUUGUGCUGAUCGGUUCCGAUGCCUUUCCACUUGCCAUGAAUCCAAGAGGUCAAGUUCUGAUUGCUGCCUCUCGUUACGGUCAGGGACGUGUAGUGGUGUUGGGACACGAAGACUACUUGACCCGUUUCCCCAGCCUGAUAGAGAAUGCCCUGAUGUGGCUCAUGCCAUGUACCGGUGAUGCCAGCAUUGUAGGGAUUCAGAAGAAUUUAGGUCCAGUAGCUGAAAACUUCCGCAAUUCGGCUAUCAGCACAGAGCUUGGAGAUUUUCGGGAGGGAUUGGCUGUAUAUAUCACAGAUGCUUACAGCGUUGAUGCUUCUGCAAAGGAUUUGAUUGCUUUUGUCAAAGCUGGGGGUGGUUUGAUUAUUGCUGGCCAAGCAUGGAGCUGGGCUAAGGCUAAUCCAAAGAUGGAUGUUUUUCUGAACUUCUCUGGAAACAAGGUGUGCAGCGUAGCAGGAAUUUACUUUUCGGAACACCAGGGAGAACUUGGCGUGAUUCCUGUGCCUUCUAAAAUACCUUCUAGUUGGCUUGCUGUAUCAAUCGUCAAGAAUUUUAAGAAUGAUCUAGAUUUCCUGCUGAAAGGUGUGCCUCAGUUUGACAUCCAAUGUGGGGCUGUGGCUUCUGAGCUGAUGGUGCAUGGAUUAUUAGCAUUUCCUAUUGCAGUCGCUCCACCUGGAAAAGUAUUCAUUGCCGGCGCCUACUAUGGACAAGGACGGGUAAUUGUGUUAACCCACGAAGGCUACCUGGGCCGUGAAUCUCUGUCCACUUUCCUAAUUAAUGCUAUCAACUGGCUGGAUGAGGGGCGUAAAGGCGUUAUUGGGAUUAAUCCCAAAGUCGGAGGAGCCCAAAAGAUUCUGAGCCAAUCCGGUCUGAACUGCCAGUUAACUAACUUCAAAAAAGAUCUCAGUGUCCACGUCUGCACUUCCUACAGUGAUGCCGAGUGUGAAAAGAUCCAAGAAUUUGUGGCAGAAGGUAGUGGUCUUCUGAUCGGAGGUCAUGCCUGGAAUUGGGCCCAGAAAAACCAUGGCCGCAAUGUGAUGACUGAAUACCCAGGAAAUCGCAUUCUUAACAAGAUGGGACUGAGUAUUUUGAGCAGCACUGUGAAUGGAGGAUUAUACAAAGCCCCAGAUAUCAAGGAGGGCGUUAAAGAUGUGUAUCACUUUCGUAAUGUACUGAGACAGUUCGGGAAGCAUGUAACCAAGGGGCAAAAACUUACUCCUCAAUUAGAGGGUUCCCUGAAACAACUUGGCAAUGAUUGUACCAAAUACAUUGGUAUGCGUAAACAUGACUGUGCUUCUUAUAAUUCAAUGGUAACUCAUUUUACCGACAUGGUGAAGGAGAUUGGUGUUCCACAGGUGUGUAGUAAGUGCCCUAUUAAAACUCCCAAAGACUACCUGAUGCUUCAUAUUGGGACUGAACUUUACAAAGUCUUGCCUAACCCUGGUGCACUCCUACCAUACAUCAUUAAGGAUAUACCUGACCUGCCCACUGUGACUAAUGCAAGAGUUCGUAUCAGUGCCAACACUGGUGGCGCUGACGCAUGGAUAAGCACAGGCUUGUAUCUUUCUCUUGGUAUGAGAACACAGAUGGUAAUACCUCGAGAGCUCAUUGGGAAAAACUGGAAGGUCCAGAUCGGUUGCCAGACAGAUAACAUUGGGGCUUCCGAUGUUUUGAGACGAGCUCCUGUGGUCUAUGAGCGAUUCUCCUUGGACCAAGAAACGGUCCAGAUCAGUAAUCUUUGGGGAGGGCUCAUCUACCUAGUUGCACCUCCCAAAACCAAAGUGGAUGGGGUGGAAAUUGUGGUGCAGACUGCAGUAAAGGCUCCAUACUUCAAGUCUGGAGAGACCAGUGUAGCUGACUGGGUCGGUGGGAUCCGUCAGGCGCCAGCCCCCUGGGCGGAGCUUGAGUUUGAGAACCUCAUCAUCACAUUACAUUCAGAUGUGAUACGGAAGCUGGAUCAUCCUGAUGAGGUGGCGAAACAUUGGGAUGCAAUAAUGAGAGGCAUAGCUGACCUGGCGGCAAUACCUCAUAAGUUCCCCCGCAAGGAGCGAUUUGUUGCAGAUGUUCAGAUCUCUGUCGGCUUUAUGCAUGCUGGAUAUCCCAUCAUGAUUCAGUCCGGCACCGCCAAAGAACUGAUAAAUCCAGAGGGUGCUCGUAAAAAUGGUAUGUGGGGACUUAUACAUGAGCUUGGUCAUAACCAGCAGCGUGGAGUUUGGGAGUUUCCUCCACACACAACUGAGUGCACCUGCAACCUGUGGUCAGUGUAUGUGCAUGAGGAGGUGCUUGGUAUCGACAGGGCUAUUGCUCACAAAGGCAUGUCUCUGAAUGGUCGCCAGGCUCGCGCCAGAGAUUAUGCCAAAGGUGGCAAAGAUUUGAAAAAAUGGACCAUGUGGACAGCACUGGAGACUUAUAUGCAGCUUCAAGGCAAAUUUGGCUGGGAUGCUUUCAAGAAGGUUUUUGCUGCCUAUCAUGUCAUGACUGGAGUGCCCAAAACCAAUCCAGGCAAGAUGAAUCUGUACGCUGAGACCUUCUCCAAGGUGGUGAACAUGAAUCUGUCGUCCUUCUUCAAAGCCUGGGGUUGGCCGAUCGAGCCCAGCACUGAACAGAAGAUCUCUCAUCUCCCCGAGUGGAGCGAUCAUCCUAUGAAGCAGUAUGACUAAGACACCUGAAAAAGCUUUAAUAAUUGCAGGGUGAAAUCUGAUUAAAAUAAGAUAUAAGAGUAGAUUGAUAUGGGUUAAUAGAGCUGCAAGGAUGACAAUAUUUUCAUAUGCCCAAAUCGAAAGACGAGUAAGCUCUUCCAGUUCUCUUGUCCCAACGUCAGUGUGUUUUUGGUUAAACGCCUUAAAUAUGAUCUGUGGUUAACCCAAGCUUAAGAUAUAUUUUCAUGUUUUAUUUUUUGACAUGAAACACACCAGUAAUACCCCAGUUUAUAAAGUUACUUGUUUUCAAAAGGGCGGUUGCUAAUUCGCUACAUAAGAAUACACAAUUCUCAUAAAUUGUAAAUAGCACAAUUUCCAAACUUAAAUUGAUCUAUUAUCCAAAACUAUAGUUGUGUUCAUUGUUAAAAUUAUCUUGAUGGACAAAAUGUGUAAAUAUCAUAAACUUUUGUUGAGCACAUGCAGAGCUUGUGAUAAUCCAAACCGUAUGAAAAAAUCUCACUGACUUUUUGGGAAAGGAACCGAUGUGAAGCUACAAACAUAUGUCAUCCAUGCAGCUCUCUAUGGGUUUUUUUUUUUUUUUAAAUACUGUACUGUAAUUUGUCUUUGUGAGCUUGGUGGGUUUUUUUUUGGUUUUUAAACUUUAGAUAAGUUUAGUUUAUUUAUUUCAACAGUCUUGGUUGUAUCUCUAGGUAAUUGAUAGUUUUCAGUCAUGUGACCUACCGGGGGGGAUUGAGAGUGACAGUUUACAUUGGUCUCCCCAUAGAGAGGCAGCACAAGGCAGUCAUUUUCCCUCUGUUUCAAGCCCUGAUUAUUAAAUAACCUCUUAACAAAAGAAAAAUUAAGAUCAACAUAAAACUGUAUCUAUAUACACAUUACAACAGUGAGAAACUCACCCUGUUCACAUAAGCAUAGCCCUUUGGAAUGAUGAGUGUGUUUGGUAAAUAUGUCGAAUUGCCCACAGCAAAAUGAGAAAAAGGGAGUGACAAAAUUUACUUGGAAGAAAGUCAAACAUAUAUUUUGAAACACAUCACAUAAAAACUCACAUCCGGGGAAUUUCAUGGCAACAGUAACUUCCUGAUCGUAAAGACGAAUAUUAUAGUCAAAUAUUCUCUGGAUAAAGGAUGCAUUGUAAACUUGGAGCCAUUAUGAGAUGGCCAUCUUGUCGUCGGGCCACAGAGAUAUUUCAACAUAAAAACACAAUAUUUCUGUAUAUGUAGCAUAUGCUUAUUAGCGAACUUUUGCACAUUUCUCCUCAUCUUUCCUUUUUUCAUAACCUGGGCACCUGAUGGCUUUUCCUCAUCCGUAGUUUAAUAUGUGUUGCAGCUCCCGCAUGCACUCCUUAUGAUGUGUGGCCAAUAGAAGCUGUGAUUUGAACUAACGUACCCCGAGUAACAGCUCUUACUUGGAUAAACACUUCAAAGUCCCGACCAGAUUAACUGAUUGCAUGUUGACUGACGUGAGGUGCAGAUGAGCAAUCUGCGUAGUAACUGAAGACGCGCAACCUCUCAUGAACUUUUGAAAGAACAAAGAAGCGCCUUGACUUUCAUUUAACGGCAGCCUAAACGUUUAUAUCAAUAAUCAAAGUAAUAAAAAUCUUUCUGUGGGCAGGAAUAUGUUAUAUUUUUUACGUGGGCCGCAGAGAGGGGGAGGGAGAGCCGCAAAUGACGGGCCGGGAGUUUGACCACUGGUUUACAGACUGUGAAACUGAAGAGCAAUAUUGAGGGCAAACUGAAAGCAUACACAAAAAUACUCAAACUGUAUGUAAAAAAAAUGUAUUUAACCUUGUCUACCUGUAGCUCGGUUGGUAGAGCACAAUGCAAAUGUUGUGGGUUUGACUUCCAGGGAACACACAUGAAAAUGAAAGUAUAGUUCCCCCUUGUGGUCAAGUACUGAUAUUAAAACUGUAUGUAUACUAUGUACUACUGAAGUCAUUCACUUUAAAACUGACAUUCAUCUGUAAUGUGUAAUAAAAAAACUGAGUUGAUUUGA